UCAUCACAAAAUUUGCCAUUCCGACCUUUGGUAGAUUCUAAAAUACACAAAAUGGCUUACCUUUUCAUAUCUGUGGGCCGUGGUUUGUGGAAGAAGCUAUAUCUAUAACCAUUAGUUCCGUUUUAGAAUGGUGGAUUUUCAGGUCAAGCUUGGCACUUACAGCUUCUAUUCGCUUCAGUAUGAAGGUCAUCUCAUCCUCACUUAAUGCAACGAUCGUGAUGUUUAUCUGCAUAUCUGAGAUAUUAUGUAGCUUUUCUACGUCAUAGCGCCAAUGCAAAUUCCGCCGUCCCAACUCUACUACUAUCAAUAAACGUCAACGUCAAAAUCUGCCAAACACAGUGGCGAAACAUGCAUGAUGCAUGUGGUCGGUACAGAAUUGAAUUUGCUGGAAUCUGAAAUUAUUUUAAUUUCGUUUUUAUUAACACCAGAAUGACUAUAUUCCACGACGAGAUAGAAAUAGAAGAUUUUGAUUAUGACGAAGAAGAUGAAAUGUACUAUUACCCAUGUCCAUGCGGUGACAGAUUUCAAAUAAGCAAGGAGGAAUUAAUGGCGGGAGAAGAAGUAGCGACAUGCCCAAGCUGUUCUCUCGUUGUCAAAGUUAUUUAUGAUCUGGAAAAAUUCAAAGCAGAGUAUGAAGAAAUAGUAAGAGAUGAUACUGACAAAGAAACUGUUAAGGUAUAAAAAGAAAAUACCAAAUUUUGGUAAAUGAGCCUACAACAGACUCAGCAGGAUGAGUUGUCUGCAUCAGGAGCAGAGUUCUAGGAUGCAAUUAACAUUAUCUGUGAUCAAAAAUAUUUUAAUAAAGUUAGAUUGUUAA